AAGAGUGGGACCUGGCAUGGAAAAAGAAACAAGCUUCCAGCUGGCCUGCACCCAGGGGGGUCCCGGAGCCUUGCGGAACCCUCGGUGAGGAGGGGGUAACUCAGAACCUGCUUCAGGUUGCUGGAGUUCCUGGGACGUGGAGUGUCCACAACUCCUGAUGUGUGUGUGCAGCGGGGCAAUGUUAGAACUUUUCAGGACAACAAAAUGCAGAGAUCUCUCCCCGCAGGCCCAAGAAACUUUGUCUUUGAGUUGGAAUCACUGGCACUAAGCUGGCCUAGCACGUCAUAGGUGGAAGGCAUGGUCCCCACCAAAUCUCCCGUUAAGCACGAGGCCCCAAGAAUAAACUCCCGGAAAGGGAGGGACCCCAGAUCCAAAAGCCAGUCUUGUUUGUAGGAUCUCAGCCCCAACAGGUGAGGGCUGAAACCAGACCAGAAGCAGGUGGGCAACGCUAUGACAUGGGUGAAACCAGGACCUCCGAAAGGGUUCUCUGGUUCCCAGGAAGGGAGCUAGAGGGGCAGUUGGCAACAGUUUUAUCCCUUGAGUUGUCUCCCCUUGCCCUGGUGACAAGGGCCUGGGGUUCCUCCUCACCUGUAGUUUGCUGCAAAGGUUGGGAGCUAGCAGUGGUGGGCUCUUUCCCACUCUGUCCUUGCUUCUUGACAUCUCGCUCUUUCCUGGGGACUGGACUAACCUAGUGACUCCCAGCACAGUUCAGGAAGAAUUUCCAGGUGACCCAGAGCUGACUGUCGGGUAGAAUUUGGACAGAUCAGCUGUAAACAGGGAAGUUACACCUUUGUCUUGAGCCUUCCAAAGUCCACAUCUUCUAGAAGGCCCACCUAUGGCCACAAGGACACAAUGGCCGCCGUGAUCUGUUUACCAGGCAGUCUUGCUCUCCAGUUAGGAGCCUUAGAGUGACCUGGGGACCUCCCAAGGCCUUGCUUGUCUUAGGAUUUAUUAGGGUGAGGAGUGGGGAAGACCGCACAGAUGCCCCUAACUGCUGCUUGACCUUGGUGAGACCUUGGACCCCAGUCUUUCUAUCUUCUGUGGGGCAUGACCUUGGCACUGUACGGCCGCCUGAGGGGUGGGGGAAACAUGGCUGCUGGGCAUGGGGCAGAGGCAGAGCUGUGUGGUUUCCCUCUUCCCCCAACCCCAUCAGUCCUGGGCUGGCUGCCCGCUCUUUUUCCCCACAGAGCUGGGUUUCCCUGGGGACCAGUGGCUUGGCCUAGCCCCACACCCACAGCCCCCUCCGGGCCACAACCCAUGCUAGAAGGGGGGCUGGACCCUCCUGGACACUGGCCCUCCGUGCUCUGCAGACCAAGGCCCAGUAGCCUCUCUCUAUCUCUGGGCUGGGAGCAAGGAGCAGUGACUCCCACGGAAAGAGGUCCUAAAGCUGUCUAGCUGGCAUGGCAGCUCCAGCGUCUCUGAGGGCCAUAGGGGGUCCAGUCCUCCAGGGCACGUCCUAGACCUUGGACAGCUGGACAGCCUGCCAUCGUGCUCCCACCAGCCAGGCCAGAUCCCAGGCCACCGUUCACCAUGGGCGGCUGCUUCUCCAAGCCCAAGCCAGUGGAGCUCAAGAUUGAAGUGGUGCUGCCGGAGAAAGAGCGGGGCAAGGAGGAGCUGUCAGCCAGCGGAAAGGGCAGCCCCCGGGGUUACCAGGGCAACGGCACAGCACGCCACUUCCAUGCCGAGGAGCGGCUGCCCACCCCACAACCCUAUCCCAGCCCUCAGGACUGUGUGGAGGCUACUGUCUGCCAUGUCAAGGACCUCGAGAAUGGCCAGAUGCGGGAAGUGGAGCUGGGCUGGGGAAAGGUGUUGCUGGUGAAGGACAAUGGGGAAUUCCAUGCCCUGGGCCAUAAAUGUCCUCACUAUGGAGCGCCCCUGGUGAAAGGUGUACUGUCCCGGGGACGUGUGCGCUGCCCCUGGCAUGGUGCCUGCUUCAACAUUAGUACUGGGGACCUAGAGGACUUCCCAGGCCUGGACAGUCUGCAUAAGUUCCAGGUGAAAAUUGAGAAGGAGAAGGUGACCAUUCGGGCAAGCAAGCAGGCCCUGCAGCUGCAGCGGAGGACAAAGGUGAUGGCCAAGUGUAUCUCCCCAAGUGCUGGCCACAGCAGUAGCACCAACGUGCUCAUAGUGGGUGCAGGUGCUGCUGGCCUAGUGUGUGCAGAAACACUGAGGCAGGAGGGCUUCUCAGACCGGAUUGUCCUUUGCACACUGGAUCGACAUCUGCCCUAUGACCGGGCCAAGCUCAGCAAGUCCCUGGAUGCACAACCUGAACAGCUGGCCCUGAGACCCAAGGAAUUCUUCCGGGCCUAUGGCAUCGAGGUGCUCACUGAAGCUCAGGUAGUCACAGUGGACGUGAGAAAUAAGAAGGUUGUAUUCAAGGAUGGCUUCAAGCUAGAGUACAGCAAGCUGCUGCUGGCACCAGGAAGUAGCCCUAAGACCCUGACCUGCAAAGGGAAAGAUGUAGAGAAUGUGUUCACCAUCCGCACGCCCGAGGAUGCCAACCGCGUGCUGCGGCUCGCCCGGGGCCGCAAUGCUGUUAUUGUGGGAGCAGGCUUUCUGGGGAUGGAGGUCGCUGCUUAUCUGACUGAGAAAGCCCACUCAGUAUCUGUGGUAGAGCUGGAGGAGACACCCUUCCGGAGGUUCCUGGGGGAACGUGUUGGUCGUGCACUUAUGAAGAUGUUUGAAAACAACCGGGUGAAGUUCUAUAUGCAGACAGAGGUGUCAGAGCUGCGGGCUCAAGAGGGCAAGCUGCAGGAGGUGGUGCUGAAGAGCAGCAAAGUUCUGCGGGCGGAUGUCUGCGUGUUAGGCAUUGGUGCGGUGCCUGCCACAGGCUUCCUGAGGCAGAGUGGCAUUGGUCUGGAUUCCCGAGGUUUCAUCCCAGUCAACAAGAUGAUGCAGACCAACGUCCCGGGAGUGUUUGCUGCAGGUGAUGCUGUCACCUUUCCUCUUGCCUGGAGGAACAAUCGGAAAGUGAACAUCCCACACUGGCAGAUGGCUCACACCCAGGGGCGGGUAGCAGCUCAGAACAUGCUGGCACAGGAGGCUGAGAUCAACACGGUACCCUAUCUGUGGACUGCCAUGUUCGGCAAAAGCCUUCGCUAUGCUGGCUACGGAGAAGGCUUCGAUGAUGUCAUCAUUCAGGGGGAUCUGGAGGAGCUGAAGUUUGUGGCUUUUUAUACCAAAGGUGACGAAGUGAUUGCUGUGGCCAGCAUGAACUACGAUCCCAUCGUAUCCAAGGUGGCUGAGGUGCUGGCCUCAGAACCGGUGACAUGUCUUGGCUCACAGGGAAAGGAUCCUGAGCUCUCAUGUGGUGGACUUGGGCAGGUCUCUGGGCUACCAAGGUCAGAGACGGAAGUCCUGGGGCAAGUGCCAAUCUCCAAAUUCCCAGGAUCCCUCACGGUGGAAUCUGAGUCCUCCAAGGCUUGCCUUGAACUGUCUGCCUCGAGUCCAGACAGGCUACGGCAGCCUCCGGAAGAUGGUCCAUUCCCAAGGCCUCAACUGUCACUGACAGCUGGGUGUAGAGGCAGGACAGGCUCUGCCUCGGUCUCCUCUACUAGGACGAUUUUCCCAGCAAGCCCCUUCAACAUUACCUUAAAAUUAAAACGCAUGUCUCAGCAGAACUGCGUCCCAGUGUAAUUGGGCUGACACUUAGAGCCAGGCAUGAUGUGACACAUCUGUAAUAGCUGCACUCAGGACA